UGGACGUCCAGACUGUCCAGUGGCGUUUGCACAAAACCUAAUUACCAGUCUCUCUGCAAGCGACCCACAGAGAGAGAGAGAGAGAGAGAGAGAGAGAGAGAUGGAGGACGAGAUGAUACAGAAGGCAGUGAUAGCGUACCUGAAGAAGAAGGGAUUCAAGCAAACGGAGCUCGCUUUUCAAGAAGAACACUCGAGAAACUCUUCUUCCAACUCCUCCCUGCAGACAGAUCCCGACAUUGCCAGAAACAUUCUCUCCUUCUCCUCCGAAUUGGAAAAUGUUCCAGUGCAGUACCAUGAUGGAUACAGCAAGCUUAGGUCAUGGACUUAUAGUUCAUUGGAUUUGUACAAGCAUGAAUUGCUUCGAGUUCUCUAUCCGGUGUUUAUUCAUUGUUUCAUGGAUCUUGUGGCGAAAGGCCACAUCCAAGAAGCACGGACUUUUUUCAAUAGCUUCCGUGAAGACCAUGAGAUGAUGCACUUACGGGACCUCCAAAAAUUGGAAGGUGUUCUUUCUCCCUCUCAUCUGGAGGAAAUGGAGUUUGCUCAUUCUUUGAGGCAGAGCAAAGUGAAUAUAAAGAUAUGCAAGUACUCGUAUGAGCUUCUGUUGCAAUAUUUACACAAGACGCAAUCCAUUAUGAUGCUUGGGGUUAUUAAUGAGCAUAUUAACUUUCAAGUUUCUCCAGGACAGCCUUGCUCAAUUUCCGAUGAUGCUGAAGUUGUCACGCUUGUUGGGAGUGGCCAGGAUGCAGCUAAUAUGAUAAAUCAGAAAGAAAUACAUUGGGGAUUGCUUGAAGACUCUUUAGAAGAAAGGCUGGAGAAGGCGGGAAGCUCGCUUUCAGAUUUAGAGAAGGGAGAAGGAGAAACAAAAGAAGGAGAUUUGGAUGAGAGCAAGAAAAGAGCAGUGGAGGGAGGGAAGCAAGGUGCUUCUCACAAAAAGUUGAAAAAGGACAAGGUGGUUGGUUCAACAGGGAAAGCUGUUCGUACAGAGGUUAAUACUGUGUCGGCAGCACCACGUGUGAAAGCGGAACUUACCUUGCCAGUAAUGCCAAUAGAGGUAGAACAUUCUAUUCUUGAAGAUCUGCGAAAUCGUGUACAGUUAAGCAGUGUGGCUCUUCCCUCAGUCAGCUUCUAUACGUUUGUUAAUACUCAUAAUGGCUUAAACUGUUCAACAAUAUCCUGUGAUGGAUCAUUAGUUGCUGGUGGAUUCUCAGACUCAUCUCUGAAGGUUUGGGACAUGGCUAAACUUGGGCAACAAACUUCUGGUUCUAUUUCGCAGGGUGAGAAUGAUUCAGCUCCUGGUGAUCACUUGGUUGGGGAAAAGGGCGGUAAAAGACCUUAUACUUUAUUCCGGGGUCACUCUGGACCUGUUUACUCAGCCAGUUUCAGUCCUAUUGGGGAUUUCCUUCUAUCCUCCUCCUCAGAUUCAACGAUUCGAUUGUGGAGCUCAAAAUUGAAUGCAAAUCUCGUAUGCUACAAGGGUCAUAAUUACCCUGUAUGGGAUGUUCAGUUUAGUCCUGCGGGACAUUAUUUUGCCAGUGCUUCACACGAUCGAACAGCAAGAAUUUGGUCCAUGGACAGAAUACAGCCUUUAAGGAUAAUGGCAGGACACUUAUCUGACGUGGAUUGUGUACAGUGGCAUGAAAACUGCAAUUACAUUGCGACGGGAUCUAGUGACAAAACAGUUCGAUUGUGGGAUGUACAGAGUGGGGAGUGUGUUAGAAUUUUCAUUGGUCACAGAAGCAUGGUUUUGUCUUUGGCAAUGUCACCUGACGGCCGAUACAUGGCUUCUGGAGAUGAAGAUGGCACAAUUAUGAUGUGGGACCUCUCAAGUGGUCGUUGUGUCACGCCUCUGGUGGGCCACAGCUCAUGUGUAUGGACACUUGAUUUCAGUUGUGAAGGUUCACUUCUUGCAUCUGGGUCGGCUGAUUGCACUGUAAAACUGUGGGACGUGACAGCAAGCACAAAAGCGCCGAAAAUAGAAGAGAACAAAACUGGAAGUACAAACAGACUCAGGUCAUUGAAGACUCUCCCUACCAAGUCUACUCCAGUCUACUCAUUGCAGUUUUCUCGUAGGAAUCUACUCUUUGCUGCUGGGGUUCUUUCGAAAAACGUAUAAAAAGCUGGCAUGAUCAAAUUCGAAGAUCAGAAAUUGAUUUGCACUGGCGGCUGCAGAAUCUCGGUGUACCAUGAUCAUUCAAUUACUGCCCUCUUUGGAAUAUAUUAACUAUGGUAAAAAAAAACGUGUUUUGUAGCAUUUGAUUAAUUGUUAUACUCUUCCUUUCCCCAACAUCCUUUACACUAAUAUAAUUAGGAGCAUCAUUUAUUUAGAACUUCUUCCCUGGUGGAGUACAGAAGUUUUUAAUGCUUGUUUUGCCUUAUCUUUUUGAUAAGCUA